AUGGCAUCAACAACGUCCGCUCCCCUUGCGACACCAGGGCUAUCAGCUCUCACCAACCUCAUCUCCACCUCCGCAUCCUCCGAUCCCCUCUCCGCAAGCACAAUCCAAAUCCUCCACAACCUCCAACACCAGCACCUAUGGACUUCACUCCAAGUCCACAACCUUAAGGACCCAUACCUUAGGGCUUCGUCGCUAGGAGAAGGGCUAGCAACAACGCCUUCAGAAGAUCAAACAGCCCCCCAGUACCUAAUCUCCGGUAUACCUCCGCAUCGAGUCUACACACAUCCGGAUGAGCAACUAUACCUACUAGAGCGAGGACUCCGUGAAGAAGACAUCGAGCUGGAGCGCAUGUUUAUUCUACCGACUGUUAAGAAUCAACCGUGGAGUUUGCGCAAGAUGGCGUCAGUGUUCGAUUCGCUUCCUGGCGAGGCUGACAUUCAGGCUGAGGAGGCUUCAAUGAAUGACGGCGAAGAAACAAAUGAUGGGGGCGGUGGAGAAAAAGCGGCCAAGCUGGUAGAAUACUACGAAUAUAGAAAGAAGGCUCGUCUCACGAAGGAGUGGGGUGGAAAGAGGCUCCUCCUUGCUAUGGUGGACAGGGGGAUGGGCGGUGAUGGGACGGUGGUCUAUUAUGUUGUCCAAGAAGGUGCUGUGAAGCCUCGACAAAAUUAG